AGAUAUGUGGGACAGUUCUACAUGGACCACUGUCAUGGGAAGGGGAUUUGCUACUGGCCUGAUGGUUCCAAAUUCACAGGAGCUCUUUAUCUUGGCCAUGUAGAAGGCUAUGGGACCCUGGAAUGGAAGGAUGGCAGAAAAUUUCAGGGGCUGUACAAAUCUGAUGAGCGAUUUGGACCAGGGAUUGAGAGCUAUCCAGAUGGCUGUCAGGACAUUGGCUUAUGGCUCAGGGAUCAUCUAAUUAAACUAUGUACUGAAGUACCUGGUUAUUUUUCUCUCUUGGAUUAUCCAGCACACUACAGAUACAUUGAUGACAAUUCUCAGAAGAAGUAUAUUUCAGUUGAGGAAGACCCGUUUCUCCGUAGCUAUAAACAUCUCCCUUUUGAUGAUAAGGAUAUUUUCCCUGAAGGAGUCUUUGCAUAUUCUCGUAACACAGAUCAUCUUACUUUGACUCAUUCCUUCCUGGAAGAGUGUGAUGCUCGGUAUUUUCAGAACACCCCAAAGCUGCCUGAAGAAGACCCUUGGCCUAUUGCAAAUGUGACCCCUCUACCGGUUAGAAUGCAGACGCAUGUUUAUAAGCAUAGGCGCUGUCAAGUGGAGUUCACUUCAGAUGUCAACCUCAUUCUCAGCGGAGGCCGCAGUUCUUAUGGGCCUCCAGGCCCCAGGGAACUUGCUUCAGAGCAGCUAAUUCAGAAGGCAGCAAGAGGAGACUAUGAUGGGGUCUAUGCAAUUCUGAGGAAUGGGCUUGCUCAUCCAGACAUAGCUGACAAACAUGGAUACACAGCACUUGCUGCUGCUGCUGUUCAUUCCCACAAUGAUGUUGUCAAUCUUCUUCUUGAUAGUGGAGCUGAUGUGAAUAAGUGUAGUGAUGAAGGAUUAUCUGCUCUUUCCAUGUGCUUUAUUCUCUUUUAUCCAGAAGAAUCUUUUAAGGGUAAUAUUGCUGAAAGGAGCUUGCACAGUUACAAGUGGAAUGAACAGUCAGAAUCCUCAGAAACGGUCAACAUGGCUGAAGGCAUAAUCUCAGAACGACAGAAGAGAUGGAAAACAAUCCAACUGCUGCUUCAUCGAGGUGCAGAUCCCAAUGCAUCCUGGAUCCCACCACACCUUCUGUUCUUUGCUGUUAAAGCCGCAGAUGCAGAAGCAGUGAAACUCCUCUUAGAAAGGGGAGCCAGGACUGAUGUGCAGCUUCCAUCCAAGUUAGGGGGAUUAACUCCUCUCCACAUAGCUGCCUCAAUUCCUGGGGAGGAAGGGGUCCAGAUAACACAAUACCUCCUGCAUUCUGUCCCAGAUCUUAAUGCAAGGGCAGAAGAUGGAAAUGAGAUAUAUGGUCCAGACAAGGUAUGUUGCUUUUUGAGCUCUUUGCAACUGAAAAAUGAAGGAGGACCACCACAAGAGUACUUUUCCUCCUAUAGUGGUCCUGUCCCUGAAGAAGGUGGAAGGAGCGCAUUGCACAUUGCAUGUGAAAGAGAGGAUAACAGUGAGCAUGCUCGAGAUGUUAUCCGCCUCCUUUUAAUGCAUCAGGCAAAUCCAAACACAUUGUGGAGUGGCCAUUCACCACUUUCCUUAGCAAUUGCCAGUGGGAAUGACUUGGCAGUGGUUGAACUCCUCAAACAUGGGGCUGACCCAAAUCUGCCAUUAAGUGGAGCAGUAAGAAGUGCCCUCUGCGCAGCUCUCAAUACGGCAUAUGAACGGCAGAGAACAGCAGCACAGAGGAUUGCUUUGGUUGAUAAGCUGCUUGAAGCUGGCGCAGAUAUCCUUGCACCAGUUACUCUUAGGGAAGGACAGAGAAAAGCUGUGGGAACAGCUGUUGACUAUGCCUAUUAUAAAUAUUACCAGGAUAGGAGAAUUGCUUACACACCGUACCACAUAUUGUCAGCAUCUGAGCAGGAAGUUUUUCAAACACGCCGAUCACUGCUGGAACAUAUUACAGCAAAGCUCCGUGAGUGUGUCGUCCUGAAAGAGAAAGAUUGGGAUCAAGAAGAGUUGAGAAGAUCCAAGAAAUUGGAUUCAGCCGUUCAUACACGUGUUUCAAAGAAGAAAGGAGGGAGCCAUCAUGUGGAAGAAGUGAGACUACCAUUCUUUAAAUAUUGCUAUCAGUGUGGACGUUCAGUCGGUGUUCAGCUGUCACCUUGCAUGCAUUGUCAUGAAGUCUUCACUUGCAGUGCAACUUGCAGAAGGAAGUCCUGGAAUGAGCGGCAUAGGCAGGAGUGCUUGGGACUGCUGG